UGACCUUUAACCCCAGAGCCAGACAGACACAGGAAGCAGUCGGUGGGUGAAUGUGGCCGGUAUAGAUCGGGUCUCAAUUUUCCAUCAUUUGUGAAGAGCCGAGGCGCUGUUCGAAAGAUUAUUUAUCCUACUCAUUAAUGCUAUUUUGGGAUUGUAUACAGUGUACUCCUAAUUAUCAAGAAUGGCAACCAACCCCUCAGUGGCUAUGCUCAGUAAAGUCCUUGAGCAGCAAAUGCUCCAAACAACUGAGAUAGUGGAACAGCAUCUAGAUACAGAGAUUGAAAAGUUUGAAAAGAUGGAUGCAGAAGAACUAGAAAAACUCAGAGAAAAGAGGCUUGAAUCAAUGAAGAAAGCACAGCAUCAGAAACAGGAAUGGCUUUCUAAGGGCCAUGGUGAAUAUAAGGAGAUUCCCAGUGAAAAAGAUUUUUUUCAAGAGGUUAAAGAGAGUAAAAAUGUGGUUUGCCACUUUUACAGAGAUACCACAUUUAGAUGCAAGAUAGUAGACAAGCACUUAGCAAUUCUGGCUAAAAAGCACAUUGAAACCAAGUUCAUCAAAUUAAAUGCCGAAAAAGCUCCUUUCCUUUCUGAAAGAUUACGAAUCAAAGUAAUCCCAACCAUGGUUUUGGUGAAAGAUGGAAAAGCUAAAGACCACAUAGUUGGGUUUGAUGACCUUGGUUGCACAGACAACUUCACAACUGAAACUUUGGAAUGGCGACUGGGUUGUGCUGCAAUCAUUAAUUACAGUGGAAAUUUGAUGGAACCACCUUUCCAAAUGCAAAGAAGAAGUGGAUGCAUCACAAAGAUGGAGAAACGAGCAAUUAGAGGAAAAAGCAAUGAUUCUGAUUCAGAUGAUGAUUAAACUGAAGUGCAUUUCUUGACCCUAAUCUUUGCUUCCAAUUCAACCUUUUUUCCCCAUCCUACUCAUUGUCAACUUUUUAAUGUUAAGAGAUGACAAAUUUUUAAUUUUUGUAGAUUAAUAAAACUGCACAUACAAUUGA